AUGAAUGAAGAAAAUAUUGACCCAGGUAUUCAAGAACAAAUAAAUUUUAUGUUUGCCAGUGUUACAUAUCCAACUGCUCAACAGCAAAUUCAAGUGAUUUUUGCUCAAACUUCAGAAUUAAAAAAUUUUGCAAACUAUUUAUUCAAUACGAUCGCAAAUGAAUCUCUCGGAUAUUCAGCACGAUCUGCAGCAUGCAUUCAGCUUCGCCACAAAAUAAGAAAUAUUCCAAUUGAAAAUCGCCACCAAAUCAAACAACUUUCUUCGACAAUUUUACCAAAGAUCCUUCAUUCAGAAGAUCCUGUUUUUACCAAUUCUGUUGCAGCAUUAAUCGCGGAAGUUAGUUCUGAAUUUGGUUCCUCGAUUUUUCAAAGUUUUUCAACGACAAUCGAGUCAUUACUCAGUGACGAAAGCUCUCUUUAUAACGGUUUAUCACUAAUAUAUGAGUUAUCAUCAAAUGGUGAAGUAAUUCAAGGCGAAUAUUUAAAUCAUUUACUAGACUACUUAACAUACGAAGAUCCAAGGAUUAAUUUGAUUACAUCAAACAUAAUUAAAGAGUUAUCAAGUAAAAUUCCAGCAAUUAUUAAAGAACAAGUUAUAAUUCCUUUAAUUUCCAACGGAGAAUUCGGAUCACUUCAAGAAGAUUGCAUAGUUCAGAUCAUUGACUCAUCGAGUAAUCUUUUACAAGCAUUUUCAGACGAUUAUGAGAUUUCUGAAGAAGAACGUUAUUUAAUCUACGAAUUCUUUAAAUUUUGUGUCCAAAGCAAUCACGAUGGCUAUGCAAUUCCUGCUGCUUACGCUUUACAAGAAAAUUCUUUUGAUUUGGACCAAGAUUUGAUAGAAUAUUUAUUUUUAAAGAUUUCUCAAGACGAAGAUCUUUGUGAAGGCACAUUUUCUCAACAAUGUGCUUCCCUUAUCAGUGAAACCAUCCACAGAGAUCUAGAAACGUACCAAGAAAUUUUUGGCCAGUUAAUUAAAGAAAAUAUUCAAUCCCCACAAAUCCAUUUGGUCAAAAGUGCCCUCAGAACCUUGUCCAUCACUUCAGAACUCUUUGAAGACAUUUCUGACAUAGUUUCAUACGUAAUUUCCCAAGCGGCAACGAAUUCGCCCACCAAAGCAGAUGCAAUAGGAUGUAUCGCGAACAUUGGUGCCAUUAAUUCUAAUUUUUCGGAGUCUGCUCUUAAUACAAUUUUUCCAUCCAUCAACGAUCCGAACGAGAACAUCAGGAUGGAGGCCCUCCGCAGUCUCACAGUCAUAUUAUCUGCAUUGGAGCACCCGGCAGACCCUUAUCUCCAAAAUUUUGUUUUGGCCAUUCAAAGAUACAAGCAAUACGAAGGAGUUAACAUCUUUAAUGCUCUUGCUGCCUUCUUUAGAACAUGCACAGACCUUGAAUCAUCACCUAAUACAGAGCCAAUCGUUACAAAUAUUAUUUCUAUUUUUAUGGAGACGAAUGAAUCAGAUCCGUUAUAUGAUGCUGUUCUUAGUUCAAUCAGGGAACUCAUUUGUUGUGUCCCUGACUUCCUAGUUCCUGUUUUUUCCGCUGAUGGAUUCUUAAUUAAACUUAAAUCAGCGAUUGACGGCGAUUCCGACCUCAAACAAGUUGAUGAGAACACGGAAGCAAACAAUUCAAGCUUGACCGCACCUAUUUUGUCCUUCUUUUCCGCAUGUUUGAACAAUAAUUCUGAAGGAUUUUCUAAUUUUCCUGAUUUUUUGGAGUAUUUAGCCGACACAUGUGCUAAUUUGAUCACUAAUGGAACUAGUGGAUCUAAGACAUGCGCAUGGGAAUUCCUCAGCAGCGUUUUGAACACUGAAGUCCUGAAUUUUGAGAAAUAUUACGAAAUAAUUUUAGAAAAAUCACAAAUUAUCAAUUGUGAUAACGAAUGUGAUGAUGUUGUUGGUAACUGUGCAUACUUACUCUACUCACUACUCCAGAAAAUCGGUUCAAAUAUUGAACAAUCUGUUCUUAAAAAUAUUUUAAGGAAUAUGGCCAAAUCUUUGACGAUGGUUAAUGACAGCGAUGACUCAAAGAACAUUGCUGUUACAAUUAUGCUUAUUAUGUACAUCCUUCAAGUUCAAACAAUUAAUGAUGUUUCAGAUGUUCCUUCUGAUGCAAAUAACUACUUGCAAACAGUUAUUCUUGAACUAGAAGAGACAGAAGGAAUUCCAGAAUCUUGUUUGGAACUGUGCCAGAUGUUUAAAGUCCAACAAUCAGAAUAA